CCGAGACUAGCGAGAGAGCGCGGCCCGAACGCGCACUGGGUCACACAAAAAUUUUUACAAUACUCACAACAAAUAUUGCUGAAACUGCAUAGAAACACCAUCCGGGGAUUUACCGCAGGGAUCCGUCGCGGCGCGGACGAUUCGUUGAUCGAGGAGUAUUGUUUAUCGUACGGCGGAAUUCAGUGCGCAUUGUGAUAUACUUCGUAUAUAAAAUUAUUUGUUCGGUUGUUGUUUUUUUUUUGAAAUUUGUAUUUGUGGAGUGGAGUGUUCGUAAUUCGUUGCCAAUCUGGCGGCGUACCUCGAAGGUGGGCCCGCAAUCGCCCCCGUGGGGACGCUGACGCUGAGGGCCGGAUUGGCCCAUGUGCCCGUCGGGCCCAAUUCCGGCUAUUUGCAUUCGACGCACAAUAUAGGUAGGUGUGAGCCAGCCGCAGGGAUGCUAAUAGCCUGCGCGGGCUGCGAGAAGCCGAUCCUGGAUAAGUUCCUUUUGAACGUGUUGGAGAGGACCUGGCACGCGGAGUGCGUGAGGUGCUUCGACUGUCACGCGCCCCUUACCGACAAAUGUUUCUCCAGGGAGAGCAAAUUGUUCUGCAGGAGUGAUUUCUUUAGGCGGUACGGUACGAAGUGCGGCGGUUGCGGUCAGGGAAUAUCGCCGAGUGACUUAGUGAGAAAAGCCAGAGACAAAGUGUUCCAUUUGAAUUGCUUCACCUGCUUGGUGUGCAGGAAGCAGCUCUCCACCGGCGAGGAACUGUACGUGUUAGACGACAACAAAUUCAUCUGCAAGGAUGAUUAUUUGAGCGGGAACAAAACGGCUGUUAUUACAUCACAUCAUCAAGAAUCACUAAUGGGAUCAGCGUCGGAAGACGAAGAAGACGACGAUAAUAGUACCGCGUCGUCGGUUUUAAAACAUCACCCUAUACAUAGUUCACUUCCACCAGCUCCUGGUGAAACGAAUAACAACUCGCUACCUUCGGAUAUUUCUAGUUCAAUAGGCCAGGAUUCCAAAACGGGCCAAGACGAUUCGGAGGACCAGAACUCGCUGGACGGCGAUCCGGAGACGCGCGACUCGCAGACGGAGAACAAGAGCCCCGACGACAGCAGCGCCGGAUCGAAGCGUCGCGGUCCCCGCACCACCAUCAAGGCGAAGCAGCUGGAGAUAUUGAAGAACGCGUUCUCGCAGACGCCGAAGCCGACGCGGCACAUCAGGGAACAGCUGGCCAAGGAGACCGGCCUGCCCAUGAGGGUGAUACAGGUGUGGUUCCAAAACAAGCGGUCGAAGGAGCGCCGCUUGAAGCAGCUCACGUCGAUGGGCCGCGGCCCCUUCUUCGGCGGCUCCAGGAAAAUGCGCGGCUUCCCCAUGAACCUGUCGCCCGGCGGGCUGGAGGACGGCCCCCCGGGUUUCGCCUACUUCGCCGACGGGAAGUUCGAAUUCGGCUACGGCGGGCCCCCCUUCCAUCCGCACGACGGGCCCUUCUUCGGCGGACACCAUCCGGGCGGCGGCCCCGGCGGGCAAGGCAUGCCCUUCGGCCAAGGAGGUGGUCCGAUGGACCAUGGGCCGCUGCCGCUGGGCGCCGGAGACUUCGGCGGUCUGCCGAACGAGCAGGGCCAGUUCAUGGGCCAGCAGGGCCCCGGGCCGGACAUGAUGCCGGGCAACGGGGGCAGCGGAGGCGGCCGGGGCGGCAGUCCCGAGUUCAUGUCGCCCGGCAACUUCUCCGACAACCAGCAGCAGCUCAACGAGGGGCUGGUGUGGUAGCUGGCGAAAGCUCUGGCCAAACGGGCCAGAGAAUAGUGACGGUUUUCCUUCCUUUUGUUCGUUUUGUAAAUAGUAAAUGUAUAUUGACGGGUGACGUGUUGACGGUUGACAGGUGACGAGUUUGACGGAAUCGUCCGUUUUGAUUGCGUUGUUUUUUUUUGGGCGUCGAUUCGACUGGCUAGAUUGUUCGUUAAGUUUUAUUGAUGUUGUUGUCGGAGGAAGAUCCGAAAUGGCUAGUGGAAUUGACGUGGAAAAAAAUUAUUUUAUUUAUUUAUCAUCGUUUCGUCAGGAUUUUUAUCAUUUCAUUCGGCAUGUUUUCAAAUGAGGCACUACUUUUUUAAAGUAUCGAUUUUCUUUGAAGUCAAGUACUUUGAAGAAAAAAAAAUGGCGCUUGAAUAGUUUAAAAACGUAGAAAAUCUCACACAAUCUCUAUACUUUUUUUAAAAUGUAGUAAUUUCCCAGCUCGUACAUUAUUUUGUGUUAUUCCAAGGAAGAUUCAAUUAACUACUAACUACUGAGAAAUGACAUAAAUGACAAGUGACAUUUUAUUAUCUGUCACCACUAAGAAGUGUCAUUAUAAGUUAUUACAAGCUGUAAAAUAUUCAGCCAGUUAUAAUAACCAAAAAUAAUCUUAGAAAACUGAUGCUAUAAAUAAUUUUUGGUUAUUCGUCAACGAGUAAAUUAAUUGAUAAUCAUCCUUAGUUUAAUUAUUAAUUAAUUAAUAUACCGUAUCCAUCAAAUACAGGGUAUAUUAUAAUAAUAACUAUAAAAUAAACGGGUUGUGAGUUACUAAUUUUAUCCCCUUCGGUUUAUCAUUUCCGACCACUCAUUUUAGGCAUUCUCGCGGUGAUUUUACUGUAAAUAUUAAUAAAUAAAGGUGUACAUAAAUUGUACAUAACAAAAAAAUAUAUAGUAACAUAUUAAAAUGAUGUCGUUCGAACGUGCCGCUACGUUUCGAGCGCCAUCUGUAUCAUUUGUAAAUCGUCUCAUUCGUAAAUGAAUUAUCGCGAUAAUUGUCGUUUCUAAAUCGUACUAAGAAAAAGUGCCAAGAACAAUAUUGUACAAGUCGAUUUUUCCUGUUAAAAGUCGGCGUUAAUUCCCUCCGAUUUAGCACAUCUGCUUAUUUAUUUCUUAACUUGGCAGCGUUGCAUAUAGUUGACCUAAUUGGGUUAACAAAUAUGCUGUGUUGUGAAGUUGAUUUAUACUAAUUUUGAAUCUAGUAGAUAUUAAUUGAUAAAGGGAAUUUUAUGCAAGAUCCCUUUUUUACUACGUACAAUUUUCAUUAAUUACCACAUUACCUUGCUUAAUGAAUUUAACGAGUUCGGGGAAUUAACGCCUGCGAAAUCGACGCGGAUAAACGAGAUUUUAAAUGUAAAAAAAUGAUGUAAUUGCUAUUAAAAUAUUUAUGUAUGUGUGUCCAAUAAAAAAAAACUGUCAUCUAGUUGGCUUCGGAAUGUCCUCACCGGAAUCCCAAGCCGACUUUGACGAUUUAGUUUGCGAAAAUACGAAGGAAGAGAUGCCCAGGCGGGGUGAAGUCUAGUUGAAAGCUUUAAUUUCACCAAUUUUAACUAAAUUAUCUUGCAAUAUAGAAGGGCGUUUACGAACAACGUGGUAGAAAUUAAUGGAAUAUAUUGAGUGAAAUUAGUUCUUUCUGCUUAAACUUGCACCGUCUAGGAUACAAACGAAAGGAAAAAAAUCUAAAUGUAGUGCAUAUACGAUCAAUACACGGAGCAAAAAUCGAUGCAUUUCAUUUUUCUAUUGCUGUAUAAAUAUAAAUGGUUGUCGAAUGUAACUAGAUAUAAAUAUAAAUAAAGCCUAUAGCGAAUAGGGUGCGUCGAUUUUUGCUAUUGAUUCGAACGACAUUCACUCUUGUACAUACAUUAAAAUGUUAAUAAUUUCGUGCACAUUUCUAACUAUCAUUGGUAAGAUAUAUUUGUUCCUUGUUCUAUUUUGUGUUCUUCUUGAUUUUGUUCAUAUAUGUUUCGUUAUGUUCUUAGAAAAAAAAUCAUGCAGAAUCUUGCCCAGUUAUCGUACAAAUUAUUUGUACAAAAAUCGAAAAGAAAAAAACAGCUGUAUAAAGAAAGCCCCUCUAUUGAAUUAAUGUAAAUUGUUAAUAUUAGGUGUCCG